UCAACAACAAAACGGCUGAUUCAACCACCUCGGUAGCUUGCUUGCUAACAUAAAACCGAAACAUUUAAGCUCUGUAGAUCAUUGGGUUUGUAUUAACUUCAGUGUUUUAAACAUACUGUCUGCGUCUUUACUAGUUACUCCAUUUAACAUUUACGUUGUUAGUCAGCUAGCUGACUGGUUAAAUUAGCCGAGCACUAGGCUAGUCGCUAAAGCUAACUAGCUAGUUAACAUCCCCGACCAUGAGUUCACUAAGCUACUCCCCACCUGCUAAAGAAGAGGUGGACUGCUGGACGGAGAAAGAAGCUCUCAUGAAAGAGGAGAAGGAAGAGGAGGCUGUUACAGUUAAAAAGGAAGUCGAGUGUGAAGCUGUUACAGUGAAAGAAGAAGAAGAAGCUUUCGGAGUGAAAGAGGAGGAAGAUAAACAAGAGAAUGUCGUUUUUGUUGAGGAGGAGGAGAAUAUGACUAUAUUAGUAAAAGAAACGGAACAAGUUUUUGGAGUGAAGGAGGAGGGAGAGAUUACUGUCACAUUGGAGGAGGAAGCAGAAGAAGAAGAGAAUAAUGGAGAUCUGAUUAACAACAGAGAGAGACAAGACUCAGAGGAACCAGAGACGUCCAAACCAGCAAGACGACACCAGUGCUCCCAGUGUGAAAAGAGUUUUACCAAGUUCGGGAGCUUGAAAAUACAUAAUAGAAUACACACAGGAGAGAAGCCCUACCAAUGCUCCCAGUGUGGAAAGCAGUUUACCCAGUUAGGGACCCUAAAAUUGCAUAAUAGAAUACACACAGGAGAGAAGCCUCACCAAUGCUCCCAGUGUGGAAAGAGAUGUUCACAGUUAAGUUCCCUGAAAUCACAUGAGAAAAUACACACAGGAGAUAAGCCUCACAAAUGCUCUCAAUGUGGCAAUACUUUUAAGCGGUUAAGUAACCUGAAAGAUCAUGAAAGAGUGCACACUAGAAAAAAGCCUUAUCAAUGUUUCCAUUGUGAAGAGAGUUUUGGCUGGUCAAGGCAACUGAAAGCGCAUGAGAGAACACACACUGGAGAGAAGCCUUAUCACCACUGCUCCCAGUGUGGAAAGAGUUUUACCCAGUUAUGGAACCUGAAAGCACACAGGAGACAAGCCUCACAAAUGCGCUCAAUGUGGAAAAACUUUUAACCGGUUAUAUAACCUGAAAGUACAUAAGAGAAUACACACAGGGGAAAAGCCUUAUCACUGCUCCCACUGUGGUAAGAGUUUUAUCCUAUCAAGGGCCCUGACAACUCAUAAGAGGACACACACAGGAGAAAAGCCUUACCAUUGCUCCCAGUGUGGAAAGAAUUUCACUGACUCAAGUAACUGGAAAAAACAUGAGCUAACACACUCUGUAAAGUAGCGUUUCCAGUGUUCUCGUUGUGAAAGGAGUUUUAAGAAGUUAGGGAAACUGAAGCAGCAUGAGAAAAUACACACUAGGGAGAAGCCUUUUUGAGCUGCUCCCACUGUGGAAUGACAUGUACCUGGUUAAGGCAACUGAAAUGACAUGAAAGAAUCCACACGAGAGAGAAACCUUACCAAUGCUGCUCCCACUGUGGAGAGAGAUUUCACACAAACUUACAGUUCAUGAGUUAACACACUGCUCCCACAUUUGUCUAAUUUUUGACUGAAAGUUGGUGCUUUUGUGGUUUUGUUUAUGUCCUUAUUGCCAUAUGAAAUCAGAUUGGAGAAAUACAUUUGUAUGUUUUUUUUUAUUUCCUGUUUUAGGGGGUAGGGUUGGAUACAGGAUAUGAACCUGGUUUAGGGGUUGAAUACAGGAUUUGAACCUGGUUUAGUAUUGGAUACAGGAUAUGAACCUGGUUUAGGGGUUGGAUACAGGAUAUGAACCUGGUUUAGGGGUUGGAUACAGGAUUUGAACCUGGUUUAGGGGUUGGAUACAGGAUAUGAACCUGGUUUAGGGGUUGGAUACAGGAUAUGAACCUGGUUUAGUAUUGGAUACAGGAUUUGAACCUGGUUUAGUAUUGGAUACAGGAUAUGAACCUGGUUUAGUAUUGGAUACAGGAUAUGAACCUGGUUUAGUAUUGGAUAAAUAGGCCCGAAGUUAAGAAAUGGGAACUUACUGAGGAGGACUACUCCAGAGAAAGGAACCAAAGGAAGAGGUGUACCGAAAGAAAGUCAGUAAGCGAGAGCAUGGAGAGGGUACAGGAGUAGCAGUAACCAAAUUAAAAAGCUUCACUCAUAGACACAGGCAAGAAACGCAGCAGGACAGAAAGACAAAGGAUCAGAGGCCCAGGACAGCCACCUUUGGGGGAGGGAACAUCUCCAAGCUAAUAGACGGGGAGAUGGCAGAAAGGGUUAGGAAAGAACUACUGUUGGAUGCCGGAGCAAGGAGGACAGGGCCCACGGGGAAGAAAGAGUGGCGCCCCAUAUGGGCACUACAAGCAGUAGAAAAAGCAGAAGUGAGAGAGAAGGAAAGACCAGGCAGACAGAGAGACAGGGGAGUAGGGAACCCGCCUAACUGGGAGAAGAUGGAUCAACUCUCCAGGGCAGUGAUGAGAUGCGAGGAAGCAGCAGGAGAUCUAAGGAGGGAGUUAAAAUAUGUAGGGGAUCAGUGGGUUAAGAUAUUAGGACCCAGCAGAAAGGACAAGAAGAGGGGAAGGAAGGGCAAUAAGAAAUUGCUAACCCCAUUGUCCCCUGAUUCUAGGAAAGAUAUGUGAGAGAAGAAUCAGAGGGAGACCAAAGUAGUGACCUUCGGGUAAUUAUAGGAGAGUGGAGCAUGGAGUACAUGGGGGAAUAUGUGAAACAUUGGCAUAUAUUCGAUAAACCGGACCUACACAAUUGUUGUGAAGGACACAUGUUAAGCUGGACAACAACUGACCACCUGGUAAAGGUAGACACUGGCAUGGAGAGGGAGAGACUUAGAUUGCCUGGUAAAGGUAGAGACUGGCAUGGAGAGGGAGAGACUUAGAUUGCCUGGUAAAGGUAGACACUGGCAUGGAGAGGGAGAGACUUAGAUUGCCUGGUAAAGGUAGACACUGGCAUGGAGAGGGAGAGACUUAGAUUGCCUGGUAAAGGUAGAGGCUGGCAUGGAGAGGGAGAGACUUAGAUUGCCUGGUAAAGGUAGAGGCUGGCAUGGAGAGGGAGAGACUUAGAUUGCCUGGUAAAGGUAGAGGCUGGCAUGGAGAGGGAGUGACUUAGAUUGCCUGGUAAAGGUAGACACUGGCAUGGAGAGGGAGAGACUUAGAUUGCCUGGUAAAGGUAGAGGCUGGCAUGGAGAGGGAGAGACUUAGAUUGCCUGGUAAAGGUAGACACUGGCAUGGAGAGGGAGAGACUUAGAUUGCCUGGUAAAGGUAGAGACUGGCAUGGAGAGGGAGAGACUUAGAUUGCCUGGUAAAGGUAGAGACUGGCAUGGAGAGGGAGAGACUUAGAUUGCCUGGUAAAGGUAGAGGCUGGCAUGGAGAGGGAGAGACUUAGAAUGCCUGGUAAAGGUAGAGGCUGGCAUGGAGAGGGAGAGACUGAGAAAGUACGUGCCUAGAUUGGCUGGCAUGGAGAGGGAGAGACUUAAAUUUCCUGGUAAAGGUAGAGGCCUAAAACGAGGUUGGUAGUAAAGACAGGGACAACUGAUGGGGAAGAAGCCAGACUAAGAAUAGUGGACUUAGGACAAGAGAGUGGGAUAAAGACUCAGGUCGGAUAAGAACGAUAAGGACUAAAUAAAUGAAAUAUAUUACACAGGAUGGACCCAAAAGAACGGAUUCAUGGAGCCCUCGGUGCACCGGGUGUGACAGGGGCACCUAUGGAGAGUUGACUUUGGCAGUCAGCCUCGGGGACUAAAAUAACAAGUCACUUUUGUAAGCAUUGCUUCUGCAACAUGACCUGUCAUAGAGAUAAGGGCACAUGGUAUCGGGAGGAAGAAGAGGAAGCUUGGCCCUUUGAAAGCACAUUUACGCAGCUUAUGCUAGGAGGUAGAAUAGUAGCUGAAGGGCUUACCAGAGACUGGAGGUUUGUAAACAGACAGGACCAGUAUGGGAUGGUACAGGCACAGGAUGGGAAGGCUCUAGCAAUAAAAUAUUUAGGCCCAGCAACGAGGAAAAGAGUCAAGGGAAGGUCUGAUCUUGGAGAGGGUGUGGCAAAAGGCAAAAAAGAUCAGACCUUCUCUCAGUGGCUGGUCCAGUUCCAGGGCCACAUUUAUGGGCUCUAAGGCCAUCUGUUGACUGGGGGAUAAAAGAAGAAGUUGCCACAACAGCAGGUGACCAGCAGAGGGAGCCAAAUGCAUGGGAAAUACAAGUACUGGGAAUUAAACAAGAACCAACCGACAGUGAGACUGAGGAGGAGUGGUAUGAACCGACCUACCAAGACAACGCCCCAACGGAUGAAUACCUAUGGGCAUCAGUGCUGAAGGAACUAACAUUGGACUAAGUGCUACUUAAUACGUAAUGUAAUGGCACACUGUGUUGCGUUAGAUUGCACUCCCAAACAUCUUCCCCCAAACUGAGUGUCUAAAAGAGGUAUAAAAGGAGGAGAGAUCAGUGCCAAGGCAUGAUCCUCUACCCAUAUGAUUUGGACAUCAUAGAGAAUCAUCAGACCAGGUAAAUUACUUUCACUAUACUCUGUUUGUAUUGACUACUUUGAUCUCAAGGCGCGAGCAAACUAUUGACUGGUAUAUCUUAAAGAAUUGUGUUGUACACUGGAAUCUCACACCUUACAAAAAGAAUAAGUGAACAAGUUUGUGUACGAGAGGACUUCACCCCUCAACAGCGCGAGGAGAAACCUUGAUAGCAACAACGUUCCAUCUUUGGUGUGUCAGUAACAAUCGCAGUUUGGCAAGAUUGGAAAAAGCCCAGAAAUAGUUAAAGCCUCGUAGUAGCCAAGAGUCGACAAAAGGAAAUCAAUAUCUAAACAGUAGGCAGUAAAAACCAUAGGAAAUUCAGACUAAAUAAGAAGAUUAUAGUGGUAUAAACAGCAGAGGCCAAAAUAUUACUACUCUUAUGGAGACCAGUGGAAGGACCAAGGGAAUAGAGCUGCAAGGUAAAUAUAUGGGUGUUUGCUUUGUUUAAAGAGUCAUAAAUCAAAUCAAAUGUAUUUGUCACAUACUUACUACCCUCUCCACUACUGUUCCAUCGAUGUGGAUAGGGGGGUGUUCCCUCUGCUGUUUCCUGAAGUCCACAAGUGUGUUAAGCUUCUUACCUUUGCAAAUAUUACUUGGCAUAGUAUAGCACAUUAAGGAUUGAUUGAGCAUUAUUGAUAUAUUAGGAAACUGUAGAACCAUUGAAUUGUAAUAACGUGUAUAAGACAAAAAAACAGAGUGACUUAAUAAAAGCUUGAAACUUUGACAAAGAGGCCAGAUUAACGAUCUGGAGAGCAAACGCCUUUGACACUCUCACUGAACAGAAAGUGACCCUGGUUAUAGGUUAAAGUGAUUGCACUAAAGAAUAUUUCAUUGUGGGGACAAUAAUAUAUCUUUGGAAAAGUCAAAUACAUAUAGCAAUACUAGUUUCCCAGUGACGACUAGCUGACGAGCAUAAUAACUAACAGAAGAAGAAGAGUUAUUAGGUAUUGAUAUAUAAGA